GAUGUGACGUGCAAAGCAGCCAUCCAGGGAGACUUUCGGUAUUUACCACUGAAGAGCCCGGCGAGGCGAACAGCUGUUCAAGGUCCUCUGCGACCUACACACGGGCUGCCACCUAAACAAGAGUCAUGGCGCCCUUAUCUUUGCCCCUGUCGUCUGUCCUGAAGCACAGGGACUGUCUCCAGAGGGCGACUAUCUUCUGUAAUGUGUUACAGGGUUUACAACACCGCCCGCUCAAAUCUCGCUUGUGGAAACGGAAUCUCGGUGCAGUUGCACAUGGAGUCGGUCAACUACUGUCAGACCAACCCAGAGCCAUAAACUACGCAGCAUCUGCUUGUUGCAGCUCUUCAGACGCUCAGGACAUGACAGAGAGGCUGUGGUCUGUUUACAAAGAGACCAAAAGACAGACGGAAGAUUUGAUUCCAGUCAUAGCCACCAACUCAGUCAACCCUGACACCAUUUUUGCCAACAAUGAGAUGAGCCUGCGAGACAUAGAGAUCUAUGGCUUCGACUACGACUACACCCUGGCCUUCUACUCCAGACACCUCCACACUCUCAUCUUCAACAUAGCCCGGGACAUCCUCAUCACCAACCACAGGUAUCCAGAGGGUCUGCGGAAGUAUGAGUAUAUUCCUAAUUUUGCUGUAAGAGGACUUCACUAUGACGUUCAGAAGGCACUGCUGAUGAAGAUAGAUGCUUUUCACUACAUCCAGUUGGGAACUGUCUACAGGGGUCUUCAUCCAGUUCCUGAUGAGGAAGUAAUCGCCAUGUAUGAAGGGAGUCAUGUACCUCUAGAGAUCAUGAGCGACUUCUAUGGCAAGAGUUCACAUGGCCACACCAUGAAACAGUUCAUGGACAUAUUCUCCCUGCCUGAGAUGACCCUCCUGUGCUGCGUCAAUGACUUCUUCAUGAGGCACAACAUCGACUAUGAGCCAGUCCAUCUCUACAAAGAUGUAAAGGAAGCCAUUAGAGAUGUUCACGUCAAGGGCAUUAUGUACCGAGCCGUGGAGGCAGAUAUUGAGAAAUACAUUUGCUACGGCGAGCAAAGCCACGCUGUGCUGAAGAAGCUGUCAGAGCACGGAAAAAAGAUGUUCCUCAUUACCAAUAGCCCAUUUGACUUUGUGGACCGAGGAAUGAACUACAUUGUGGGGAAGGACUGGAGGGACCUGUUUGAUGUUGUGAUUGUUCAGGCUGACAAACCUGGUUUUUUCAAUGACAGGAGAAAACCUUUCAGGCGAGUGACCGACAAAGGUGCAUUGCUGUGGGACAGGAUUCACAGGUUGGAAAAAGGGCAGAUCUACAAACAGGGAAACCUUUAUGAAUUUCUGAGACUCACCGGCUGGAGAGGAUCCAGAGUGCUCUACUUUGGCGAUCACAUCUACAGUGACUUGGCAGAUCUGACACUGAAACAUGGCUGGAGGACGGGCGCCAUCAUCCCUGAGCUGAGGAAGGAGAUCAAGAUCAUGAACACGGAGGAGUACAUGCACAUGAUGGCCUGGUUACAGGCACUGACUGGGCUUAUUGAACAGAUGCAGGUCCACAGGGAUCCAGCGUCUCAAGCGGUCGUCGAGGAGUGGAUCAGAGAAAGAGAAGCCAUGAGGGCGCAGACGAAGGACAUUUUUAACGGUCAGUUCGGGAGUCUCUUCCGGACGUAUCACAACCCCACCUACUUCUCACGCCGACUCUCGCGCUUUGCUGACAUCUACAUGGCCUCCAUCAGCUGCCUCCUCAACUACGACUUACAGCACACCUUCUUCCCUCGGCGUACUCCCCUGCAGCACGAGUCACCCUUCUGGCCUGAACACAGCCCUGCUGGUAUUAGCGUCUCCUCCCCGUUCCACAGAGUCGAUGGCAAUUAGAGAGAGAGAGGAAGUCGGGCUUCAAAAAUAAAGGCUAGGAUUGUAUGAUCUCAUUGCUUAGUUUUUUUUAAGUUAAGUUUUGAGUCAUAGCUUUUUAGAAGAUGCAUGUGACAUUUUAAGAUGUGCAUAAUUGGUAUCAAUCAUGUAAACUAUUGACGUUUAAGCUUUAAACUUGUAAGUUAUGAACUUCCUCUCAAAUAAUUAAGUCUUAGGAGGAAUCUGCUGUGUUUUUUAAGCCACAUUUCAUUGUAAACAUGGGUAACUUGUAUUUUACAUUUCCACUGCGCAGAAUUAGAAUUGUUUAAUGCACUGACUGUUUUAGGUUUGAGUUUGUGUUCAGUCUUGGUGUGUGUAAGAUAGUGGUGGGUAGGGGUAGUGAGAAAUGAUACCAACGAUACGGUGCACUUAUCCAGUCUAAACAUUAGGGGGCAGUCACACACCAAGUCUAUGUUGGAUCUCUGAAUUGUACACACUGUCUUUGCUUUUUGUAUCCUUUGCCUCUGCGAUAAGGAGACUGUUAGAAUACUCAGAUGUGACAUUUACAUUACAAACAUUGUUGCCUUAAUCUCUAGUUCAUUUCACUGCAACCUUUAUAUUUUUGUAAUAGAUCAUAGAAUGUGUGGUAAUUAUGCUUUUUAAAUCUCAGUUCAUUUUAUUUUUGAAUUGUGGCACAAAUUGCACAUUUAUGCUCUGAGCUCUUUGUAUUUAAUUAUUUCAACCGGUUCCACACACACGCAACUGUAUGUCUGAUUUUAGCAGCUAGAAAUCUUAAUAUUUAUCAGGGGUGCAAAAAAAAAAAAAUAGAGCAUCACUGCUAUAUUUAGUGUUGCUGUUUGAUCUGUUGAAAGCAGCAGUGCGUUUUGUGCGUUUGACAGAAAUAAAUGUGUGAAACGCGUUCACACGUGCUGGAGUGAACGCGUGACAAGAAUAUAUUUUUAAGCUGGAAUCUUUAGAGUUUAUAGUCAUUGAAAACGAAGGAAUUCUUAAAUACCGGUGGAUCUCAUGGUUUCUCAAUGUUUCUGUGGUUUAAAUAUGUACCGAUGCAGUGUAUUUUUAUUUCAAUAUUUAUUAAAAAGUAACUGACUUAAUGA